AUGGGCAAAGGGGGCAAUAAGAAACAGCAGAUGACCCCCAAACAUAAGAAGCAAUCCCAGAGGGUGGGAUUUCGACAUUGGGGCUACGGGUUUGCGGUGUUUUUAUUCGCCUGUGAAGGAAUGCAGGACAUAGAACGUUUAUACAGAUUUACACCAGCCUCCAAAGGUCAGGAUAACCGGAUUUACGAUGGGACUAUAGUUUAUUACAAGCAACAAUUGUUCAUUUUGGUCAGUGACUACAUUGCUCCAGUGAAGAUUUGCGCUAAUGAGCUCACUGCCAAUAUAAAGCUGAAAGUGUUUCCUUUGUGGUGGGGGGGUGGGGUGGCCAACGGUGGUGGGGGCUGGGCCCAGGGCUGGGGCUGGGACCGCUGUAUGCAAUGGGAACCAGGGCCUGGAGAGGGGGCCCAGGCCCCAGCGUUUGACUGCCCAGUCUGGUGUGUCCUCUGCCAGGGAUGCAGGGCUAGGCUCAGGGAGGCCUGCCAGAGAGGGAGGGGGGCCAUCAGACUGCCCACAGACAUGCUUAGCAUCAAACUCCCCCAGCUCUUUGACAUCCACCAAGUCCCCAAGGUGUUCCGGGAGGAUGGCAUCAUCUCGGGAUACCGUCACCCCCAAAGCUCCGCCCUGGACUGCAUCCUUAGCAGCUUCCAGAUGACCAAUGAGACAGUCAACAUCUGGACCCACUUCCUGCCCACAUGGUACUUCCUGUGGCGCUUCAGUGUCCUGUGCUCCACACUGAACUUCCUGUCGGAGAGCUACACCUGGCCGCUGCUGGUGUACAUGCUGCUGAUCUGCGUGUACCCAUUCACCUCCAGCUGUGCCCACACCUUCAGCACCAUGUCCCCCGAGGCACGCCACAUCUGCUACUUCUUCGACUACGGCGCCCUCAGCCUCUACAGCCUGGGUUGUGCCAUAACCUAUAGCUCCUAUGUGAUGCCUGACUGCUGGGUCAACAGCUGGCUGCACCAACACUUUGUGCCCAUCGCCAUCUGCAACACACUAUUCUGCACCAGCCUGUCCUGCUAUUCUAGAUUCCUGGAGAUGCAGUUUCCACACCGGAGUAAAAUUCUCCGGACAGGGGCAUUUGUCUGUCCAUUCAUCUUUGAUAACAUCCCUCUAUUUUACAGACUGCUGCUGUGCUGCGGGGGCAGCUGCUGUCACAGUGAGGCCCUGCCCAGUCACUGUUACCACCUCCUCUUCGCCUUCCUCACCUGCUUCCUGUUUGCCUCACACCUCCCGGAGAGGCUGGCCCCGGGGCGGUUCGACUACAUUGGUCACAGUCACCAGCUUUUCCACAUCUGUGCCGUGGUGGGUACCCACUUCCAGAUGGAGGCGGUGCUAGCAGAUAUGACCUCACGCAGGGCGUGGCUCAUCGCACAGGCGGCCGUACCCUCCUUCCUGAGUACCCUGGGGGCACUGGCCCUCAGCAUCAUCCUCAACCUAGGCAUCAUUGGCAUCUUCAGUGCCCCUCUGCUGUGGAACCCUCACCACAGUGCCAACCACACACUGACGCCACCCACGAAACGCAAGCAACAGUGACACUCCCCACAACCAGUGACCACCCAGUAUGUUCAAAUUAAAAGUUUGGCUAAACCAUUCUACCAGUUGUGAACUUUGGAAAUAAUAACCAUAAAACGUUAUAUUAUACCUUUUAAAACCAGGUAGUAUUUGUAUAAACCCAUUGGAUUAUUUUUACAGAAUGGUUUUUCUACAUGUUAUUCUAACGUCAAUUUAAGGUUUGUUUAGGAGUUUAUUAAUAUCUUCACUGUUUACUUUGAUGCCGAAUACCCAGCAAUUUUUAUGAAGCCUUUCAGUUAUUCAGUAGCAUUGUUUACUGUUUAAAGUUGUGGAGGUAUUUCGAGUUAAAGUAUCAUAUGCCAACUUCUUUUCACUUAUACUUGAAAGGAUCUGGGUUGUAUGAAGCAUUAGUGAUGUCUAACAACACAUAAAAGUGCCUUCUUUUAUAUAUAGUGACCCAAAUGUUACCUAAGUACUCGUAAAUAUUAUUUCUGGUUCGUGUAAAUCUCAAACUGGAAAAAUCUUUAACUGUAAAUUUGCAGGGAAUUUUCAUAUUAAUAUAUAAAUAUUUAGCUACUGUUUUUCAAUUGUCCUAUAUAUUUGUACGCCAUUAUUAGAAUAUCUCAAAACCCUUAUUUAAUAUAAAUUAUGACUGACCAUUACAUGAUUCUCAUGACUUCUAAAAUAAUCUGUACUCUCACUAACUGGAGUACUUAGUAUGAUUCCACCAUUUUGUUUUAAUAUUCACUACCAUCUCAUUUAAAUCUCCACGAUGACUUUAAUAGAUUUACAGACCAGUGUAGUGCUCAUUCAGAUUGCCUGCUCUAAACGUCUACACGCUUAGAAAAAAGGUGCUAUCUAGAACCCAAAAGUGUUCUUCGACUGUCCCCGUAGGAGAACCCUUUAAAGAACCCUUUUUGGUUCCAGCUAGAACCCUUUUGAGUUCCUUGUAGAACCCUUUCCACAGAGGGUUCUACAUGGAACCCAAAAGAGUUCUGUCUGGAGUCAAAAGGGUUCUACCUGAAACCAAAAAGGUUUCUCCUAUGGGGACAGCCGAAGAACCCUUUUGGAACCCUUUUUUUCUAAGCGUGUACCUGAAAGCUACAGCACUGUACCAUGUCUAUGAUUAAAAAACAGGUGCCAUUUUACAGAGGUACGUUUCCAUGGAAACGUCAUGGUUCUUCGCAGUUUGUGCUCCUGUGAAUGCCCAGUCACUUGAAUUGUUCUUUGGAGUACUCUUAUUUUUUACUUCUACAACAUACAGUAAGGGUCAUUGGAUGAAUUUUUUUAAACAAUACGUGCUGUUUAAAUGUCAGAGAAUUACUGAUUACUGAUAGGACGUACCAAAUGACCUUGUUUAUAACAGCUAUCUGAUGGAAGAAAUCUUAGAUGAUGGUGCACAACAGAACUGAAUGAGUGAUGUCACCUCACCUCCCAGGAAUGGGGAUGUGGUCAGUGGAGGUCAAAGGGUCUUGGCACUGUCGUAUUCAUGUGGUAUCGUGGUGGUCAUCGCAGGUUUAUGGCAAACCAAUACACCACUGUUUACAUGUAUCCUCGAAAAAGAGUGUGGUGUCUCUUGAGUAUUUAUUCCUUGUAGUAUAUAUAAUAGCACCUACUGUUUCUGUUCAGUUGUAAAGUGUGGUGCAUAUGUACAGAUAACUGCCAAAAUAAAGGAAACACAAACGUAAAGUGUCUUAAUAGGGUGUUGGGCCACCAUGAGCCUCCAGAACAGCUUCUAUGCCUUGGCAUAGAUUCUACAAGUCUGGAACUCUAUUGGAGGGAUGCGACGUCAUUCUUCCACGAGAAGUUCCAUCAUUUGGUGUUAUGGUGGUGGAAAACGCUGUCUUAGGUGCCGCUCCAGAUUCUCCCAUAAGUGUUCAAUUGGGUUGAGAUCUGGUGACGGAGACACACACACCCUUUAAACCCCUUAUGCUCCUUUGAGACCCCUCUUGCAAAGUCACUGAAAUCUCUUCUUGCUAUGGUAGCCAAAAUAAUGGGCAACUGGGCAUUUUUAUACAUAACCCUAAGCAUGAUGGGAUAUUAAGUGCUUAAUUAACUCAGGAAUCACACCUGUGUGGAAGCACAUGCUUUCAAUAUACUUUGUAUCCCUCAUUUACUCAAGUGUUUCCUUUAUUCUGGGAAUUAACUGUAUUUUUACAUUAUUAUUUUUGUAAAUGUUUUAGAUGAGGAAAAAUUAUUAAUUACAUCCCCAACAUCAUAUAAUAAUUUCUUGAUAUAAUAGCACUUACAUGUACCACGCUAGACCUAACACACAUGUCAUUAUUUUAUCAUGUAGCUCUGUAUCCAGUGUGUAGGCGAGACCAGGGUUGCUUGUCACAGUGCUUAUAACUCCCAAACUAGAGGGCGCUGUGUAAUAAUUGUGUAAAUGUGUGAAUUCUUUGAAAGAACUAAUCCACCUGGUCAAUUUAUGUCAUCAUAACAAAACAUUGAGGUGAGGAGAUUUUUUUCAUAUGUGAAAGUAAAAAAAUAAAAAAAGAUGUCAGUAUUUUUUAAAAUAAAUGUUUGGAUUAUGGGAGUAUACAUUUUAGGGAGAGCUACAUUCCAAACCUAUUUCUGAGUUCCUAGGUCAAGCCAUGUGGUAACUAUCAUCCUAAUUAGCAUUGGGUGCUGUUGCUAUAAACCUCCCAUCCCAAUAAACCAGAACACCUUUGGCCGGCAUAUCAAAAUGUGUUGGGAAUAAUAUACAGUUGAAGUCAGAAGUUUACAUACACUUAGGUUGGAGUCAUUAAAACGUGUUUUUCAACCACUCCACAAAAGUCUUGUUAACAAACUAUAAUUUUGGCAAGUCAGUUAGGACAUCUACUUUGUACAUGACACAAGUCAUUUUUCCAACAAUUGUUUACAGACAUAAUUUAACUUAUAAUUAUACUUCACUGUAUCACAAUUCCAGUGGGUCAGAAGUUUACAUACACUAAGUUGACUGUGCCUUUAAACAGCUUGGAAAAUUCCCGAAAAUUAUGUCAUGGCUUUAGAAGCUUCUGAUAGGCUAAUUGACAUAAUUUGAGUCAAUUGGAGGUGUACCUGUGGAUGUAUUUCAAGGCCUACCUUCAAUCUCAGUGCCUCUUUGCUUGACAUCAUGGGAAAACCAAAAGAAAUCAGCCAAGACCUCAGAAAAAAAUUGUAGACCUCCACAAGUAUGGCUCAUCCUUGGGAGCAAUUUCCAAACGCCUGAAGGUACCAUGUUCUUCUGUACAAACAAUAGUACCCAAAUAUAAACACCAAUGGACCACGUAGCCGCCAUACCGCUCAGGAAGGAGACACGUUCUGUCUCCUAGAGAUGAACGUACUUUGGUGCGAAAAAUGCAAAUCAAUUCCAGAACAACAGCAAAGGACCUUGUGAAGAUGCUGGAGGAAACAAGUACAAAAGUAUCUAAAUCCACAUUAAAAUGAGUCCUAUAUCGACAUAACCUGAAAGGCCGCUCAGCAAGGAAGAAGCCACUGCUCCAAAACCACCCUAAAAAAGCCAGACUACAGUUUGCAACUGCACAUGGGGACAAAGAUCGUAUUUUUUGGAGAAAUGUCCUCUGGUCUUAUGAAACAAAACUAGAACUGUUUGGCCAUAAUGACCAUCGUUAUGUCUGGAGGAAAAAGGGGGAGGCUUGCAAGCCAAAGAACACCAUCCCAACAGUGAAGCAUGGGGGUGACAGCAUCAUGUUAUGGGGGUGCUUUGCUGCAGGAGGGACUGGUGCACUUCACAAAAUAGAUGGCAACAUGAGGAAGUAAAAUUAUGUGGAUAUUUUGAAGCAACAAGACAUCAGUCAGGAAGUUAAAGCUUCGUCGCAAAUGGGUCUUCAAAUGGACAAUGACCCCAAGCAUACUUCCAAAGUUGUGGCAAAAUGGCUUAAGGACAACAAAGUUAAGGUAUUGGAGUGGCCAUCACAAAGCCUUGACCUCAAUCCUAUAGAAAAUUUGUGGGCAGAACUGAAAAAGCGUGUGCAGCAAGGAGGCCUACAAACUUGACUCAGUUACACCAGCUCUGUCAGGUGGAAUGGGCCAUAAUUCAUUUGUUUGACCAAAGUUAAACAAUUUAAAGGCAAGGCUACCAAAUACUAAUUGAGUGUAUGUAAACUUCUGAUCCACUGGGAAUGUGAUGAAAGAAAUUAAACUUGAAAUAAAUCCUUAUUUGUACUAUUAUUCUGACAUUUCACAUUCUUAAAAUAAAGUGGUGAUCCUGACUGACCUAAGACAGGGAAUUUUUACUGGGAUUAAAUGUCAGGAAUUGUGAAAAACUGAGUUUAAAUGUAUUUGGCCAAGGUGUAUGUAAACUUCCGACUUCUGUAUGUAGCGUGGAGAGCGUUUGCACAUUGGGAAGAUGUUGCAGAGACAUCAAAAUAGAAUAUGAAUGCCUGGCCGACAUAUAAACUAUGUAGAACUGCAGAAUGUAUGUAUUCUAAAAAUAUCUGUGAGAUGUCUUGCCAAUUAGCAAACAAUGUCUAAACUGCAUCUCCCGAUUCAUAGUGUGUACAUCCAUUGGCCAGAGGUUUCUCUGCUAUCUGGGUUUGUUGCCUUUCUCUCCCAAACAUAUUUUUUUCUGUCACACACCGACACAUGUACACAUUUGUGUGCAAACACACGCACACACAAAUGUCAUGUAUUGUUCUCAAGGCAUAAAAUGCAGAAUUUUGGCGCAUAAUAAUGGCUGGAACAGAGUGAAUGGAAUGACAUCAACUGCAGGGAAACCAUGUGUUUGAUAUAUUUGAUACCAUUCCACUGAUUCCACUUCAGCCAUUACCACGAGCCCGUCCUCCCCAAUUAAGGUGCCACCAACCUCCUGUGAACCUUAUACUGUGUGACAACCAACCCUGCGAUGGGGCUGGUUGUCACAAGUGGACAGAGUGUGUUUGGUGGCUUAUUACUCCAUAUUGGAAUAAGACAUACUAAUAGGAUCCCUAUUUCAACCCAAGACCUUGGUCUUUCUAUUAAUGUUGAAGGAGUCUUGUUAUAUAUACUGGUGCUGACAGAGUAAAACGUGUGACAACCAACCUCAGUCUCCCCUAAAGGCUCUGGGUGGUUAUGAGGGAAUAGAAAGUGAUAUUGUGAUCAGUGAGGGAAAUGGACUGUGUUGCAGGACGAGCAGAGUGUACGGGCAGUGUAGGCACACACACAAACACACACACGCGCACAUACACACAUCGACACACAUAAUUUUACUCCAACGAGUGCCCUAUUGUUUGAAAAACAAUUUUUGUUUUCAGGGUAAAUUUAUUGAACACAGAGAAACCUAUAUAUUUGCCCUUUUCAUCAUUCUUAUACUACUCGGUUUUCCACUAUUGAUUUUGGUAUGGUGCUUUCAUCAUCUUACAACUUGUUUCUUGGAAGUGGGUCGUGACUAGCGUGUGGCCGACCAUAUCGACCAUAACUCUAUCUGAAUUGACAUAUUGUAGUGCUGAAUAUAUCUGCAGUUGGCGCAUAUAACCUAUUGUCCUUUAAGUUGUUGAAUAUUUGAAUGUCCAACUAAAUUUCUAAACAUUCUGUUAUGCUUUUGUCAUUGAAAUCUACUUUAGUUUAAACUAGAUUAUCGCUGAAAAAAAGUGAUGACCUAUUAGUUCAAAUGCGUCUGUUGGUUUACGUCGAUCCCUUUCAUGAAGCUACAAUGAUGAUUCUCAAAGUGUGUUCAUAUUGAAUGACAUGUUACAGUAAGUAAAAUAGGAAGCUAUGCAAAGAUUUGAUUGGAUGACACAGAGAACCACACACCAAUGAACUUCCAGUGACUCCUGAAGAGUGCUAGGUUUUAGUAAAGAGGAAAGAAGCGGUUUGAAUGAAUGUCUGUGCCUAUUGUCCUUCCUUACUACCUUUAAUUAAACCUUUAUUUUUAAUUUAGCAUAUGUGCUGUGUUUUGUGUGGAGAACUUAAUAUAGUUCCUGGGGGGGGGGGGGGGGGGGGAAUGGAAAAAAUAAUGAAUUGUUUGCUAUCUUGUUACUAAAAUUGUGUCAAUGUUGCCUUAUUAGAGUGUAUUCAUCACUGGAAUCAUUUCUCUAAUAAAAAUGACUUACCACA